CUUGGGGCAAAUGGGGCGGGUACAGAGCACCGCCUAGGCCGCUGCGUUUGCGUUGCCCAUUUGCCCUUCUUAUCUGCUUGUCCAUUUCCAGCGGCUGGUCAGGCCAGGGUCCCCCCUCGCCCCAGCCUGCGUCUUAUCUAUCGCCCGCAGUGUAGCUGCCCUUCCGCGCGCUGUUAACUUCAUUUCCCACCGCGAGCUCCCUCCUCUUCUGUAGCACAUAGCCACAUACGCGCUUGCGCCGCCGUCUGUUCUCAGUGGUCACCUCCGGGAAGCCUGUCCUGCUGUCCCUGUCCACCCACCCCUCGGCCCAGAUGUCCGACGGCAACGAGUUCGCCGAGCUGCUGUGGGAGAACGGACUGGCGGUGGUGCAUGGGCGGCGAAAGCAGCCCCAGACAGCCUUCCCGCCUUUCAGCUGCGCCGGCGGCACCAGCAGCAGAGCCCAAGAAAAGCACCCCGGCGGCGACCCCGUGGCGCUGUUAAAGACGGGCGGCGUCUUUGGCGUCACGGGCAUGGCCCCAUCGGUUCACCACGAUUUCUCUUCCGGUCUAGGCGCCACCCAUGACAACGGCGAUCUUGACGACACUGUGCCAUGGAUCCACUACCCCAUCAUCGACGACGACAACGCUGCGCCUGCCUUGGAAGCCGACUACAGCCAGGAUUUCUUCUCGGAGUUCCAGGCAGCGGCAGCCGCGGCGACGAACCUCAGCUCUCUGCCACCUUCUAACCACAACGCCGUCAACAGCAGAAGUACCCCGGUUGCCACCAGCGGCAAAGAACCAGAACCCUCAAAGGGAAGCCACCGCAUGUCAACUCCCACCACCAGGCCCGAGCCACAGGCGGAGUUUGCGACCGCCAAGGAGCCUCGACCGGGCGAGGGCGACGGCGGAGAAGGCUUGAUGAACUUCUCCCUCUUCUCUCGGCCGGCAGCCAUGGCGCGGGCAAGCCUGCAGAGCGCGCAGAGGCCACGACAAGGCAUAAACAAGGUGUCCAACGUCACUGCAACUACAGGCACCCACGUGGAGUCCACGGUUGUCCAGGCGACCAGCGGGCCAAGAACCGCCCCUGUGUUCACGGACCAAAGGACGGCGUGGCCUCAGCCAAAAGAGGUGCGGUUCGCAUGCGCAGCUGCGCCGACGGCCGCAGCUGGAAACCUGCAGCAAGAGAUGCCUUGUGACAGGGCUGGCAACAACAUAACUCUACAGAAGAAGGUUGAGGCGUGGAAGGCGCCUGAGGCUGCAGUCGCGACUUCGUCGGUCUGCUCCGCCAAUGAUGCUGGAAUUGGAAAUGAUGAGUCCUGGCGCCAACAGAAGAGGAAAAGCCAAGCUGAGUGUUCUGUUAGUCAAGAUGAUGAUCUUGAAGAUGAGUCCUGUGGGUUGAUAAGAUCUUCCAGCAGAGGCACGAAGCGCAGGCGCACAACCGAGGUGCACAAUUUAUCAGAAAGGAGGAGAAGGGACAGGAUCAAUGAAAAAAUGCGUGCACUGCAAGAGCUCAUUCCCAACUGCAACAAGAUUGACAAAGCCUCGAUGCUGGAUGAAGCUAUAGAGUACCUCAAAACCCUUCAACUUCAAGUUCAGCAGAUGAUGUAUAUGGGAAGUGGGUUGUGCAUUCCUCCAAUGCUGCUACCACCAACCAUGCAGCACCUGCAAAUGCCUCCAAUGGCUCAUUUCCCUCAUCUCGGCAUGGGAUUGGGGUACGGGGUGGGUGUCUUCGACAUGAACAGCACCGCAGGGGUUCCACUUCAGCCCAUGCCUGGUGCUCAUUUUCCUUGCUCGAUGAUCCCAGGCGCGGCACAGCAAGGUUUUGGAAUACCUGGCAGAAACACGUUGCCGAUGUUUGGAGUUUCCAGGCAAGCAAUUCAUCCGUCAGUGUCUAGUGUACAACCCUUUUCAUGUUUGGCUGGUCUUCCUGUUAGGCCAAACCAGGCCCCUCAAGUCUCUGCCACUAUGGCUAACAUGGUUCAGGAGCAACAGCAAGCCAUGGCAUAUCAACAGCAGCAAAGUCUGAACAACGAAGCUAGUCAGGGAGCAACUACAGGAGGUCCACAAUUACAAACCAUCCUUCAGGUUGAGAACCAGCAAUUCAGUGUGCCCCCUUCGGCACAAACAGAAAGCAGUCAAUUUUUGGAUGGUGGCAGCAACAGGACUAAUACUACAGGGAGAAAUGUGGCUGAAACAUAAGCAACGGCCCGUAUAACUGUAAGUUCCGACUAACAAAGCUCCCGAUGUGAAAAUUAGCAAUUCAUACCGGGAGAACUUACCGAGUUUCAAGAUCCACAGAUUUAUCACUUAAGGAGUACUUUAUUCAAGCGAGAGAGCAUCAGUUGCAAGAUGUGCUUGCUUUAGCCAGCCAAGGUGCUCCAAAAUUUUGUGUGAAAAUGUAGAUGGUAGGUGCUACAUGGUUACAAGCUAUAAUUCCUGACAGCCAGUUUUGCUUGAGUAGUUUUUUGCUCCGCUGAAGUCUUCUUGAACCAAUAUAUGUUGUUCUCCCAGUUAUAUUCUGAGAUCCACAUGAGUAAUUGAUAAUGAGCUAACAAUGGUUCACCGUUGUUUAGACUCAUGAAUCAGUUUUUCA